CCGCAGUUCUUUCGGUUUUUAUUCAGGGGUUCGGUUGAUGUCCAAAAUGAAAGAAGUGACGGGUGGAAUAAGCCUUGCUGCUAGCCCCUGGGCCGGGAGGUUUAAGCAGAUGCUGAGCUGUGGAUAAACUGAGAGCGGGAGAAACUGCAUUUGGAGCUGGAGUACAGUGCUGACAUAUUAUUCAGUUACUGAGCUGAGCAGAAAAGUCAUGGCUUCAAAUUUUAAUGACAUUGUCAAGCAGGGAUAUGUGAAGAUUCGUAGCAGACGCUUAGGGAUUUACCAGAGAUGCUGGCUUGUGUUGAAGAAGGCCUCCAGCAAAGGCCCAAAGCGACUGGAGAAGUUUUCAGAUGAACGAGCUGCAUAUUUCCGAUGCUAUCAUAAGGUUACAGACCUCAGCAGUAUAAAGAAUGUGACAAGACUACCAAAGGGCACUAAGAGGCAUGCUGUACUCAUCAUCUUCAGUGAUGAUACUUCAAAAACUUUUGCGUGUGAGUCAGAGCUUGAGGCUGAGGAAUGGUGCAAGCUCCUGCGCAUGGAGUGUUUGGGCAGCAGACUCAAUGACAUCACCCUCGGAGAACCUGAUUUGUUGACAGCUGGUGUUCAGAGAGAGCAAACAGAAAGGUUCAAUGUCUAUUUAAUGCCAUCUCCUAAUCUGGAUGUACAUGGAGAAUGCACAUUACAGAUAACAUAUGAGAAUAUCUGUCUUUGGGACAUCCACAAUCCCAGACUAAAGCUGGUUUCGUGGCCUCUCAGUGCGCUCAGACGAUAUGGGCGGGAUCCUACUUGGUUCACAUUUGAAGCUGGGAGAAUGUGUGAUACAGGUGAAGGACUAUUCACCUUCCAAACAAGAGAAGGUGAAGCAAUUUACCAGAAAGUGCAUUCUGCGGCACUGGCCAUAGCUGAACAACAUGAGCAGAUGCUACAGAGGGAGAAAAAUUCACGGCAUCAGAUCAAAGGGAAUGAAAGAACAGCCUCAUUGGGUACCAUAAUGCCUCUUCCUCGGAGUGCCUACUGGCAACACAUUGCAAGACAGCACAGUGUAAAUCAGCUCCAUAUCUUUGAAGAUGAUUCAUAUCCACUGAGGAUUCCUCGUGCAGAAACCAUCCCCAGUUACAGCUCACAGCACUGA